CACUAUGUUGUUCAUUCUGAUCACAGCAGUGCUGUUGAGUCUCUAGGCUAGCGCAGCUUACGCUAGCUUGGCAAUAGCUCUCGCAUGAAUUAGCUCGUUUCUAUUUACGCUACGGUCGAACUAUAUAUAUAAAAUAAAAAAAAGAAUGUCGAAGGAGUCUCCCCGUGAGCCGGAGCAGCUCCGCAAGCUCUUCAUUGGUGGGCUGAGUUUCGAGACCACCGACGAGAGUUUGCGGACCCAUUUUGAAAGAUGGGGAUCCCUCACAGAUUGUGUGGUAAUGAAAGAUCCAGUCACAAAGAGAUCGAGGGGCUUUGGCUUUGUCACUUACAGCUCUGUGGAUGAAGUUGACGCAUCAAUGGAGGCUCGUCCUCAUAAGGUUGAUGGCCGCCAAGUGGAGCCCAAGAGAGCGGUGUCCAGAGAGGAUUCCUCAAGGCCAGGUGCUCACACCACUGUGAAGAAGAUCUUUGUGGGUGGCAUCAAGGAGGACACAGAGGAGCAUCACCUUAGGGACUACUUUGAUCAAUUUGGCAAGAUUGAAGUCAUCGACAUCAUGACUGAUAGGACCAGCGGGAAGAAGAGGGGGUUUGCCUUUGUUACAUUUGAUGAUCAUGAUGCAGUCGAUAGGAUUGUCAUCCAGAAGUAUCAUACAGUGAAUGGCCACAACUGUGAAGUGAGGAAGGCUUUGUCAAAGGAAGACAUGAACCGGUCCGGGCCAAGAGGUGGAAACUUUGGUAGAGGUGGCGGAUAUGGAGGUGGUUUCGGUGGAGGUAGAGGAGGUGGAGGAUAUGGUGAUAACGAUGGAUACAAUAACUAUGGAGGCAAUGGUGGCGGCUAUGGUGGAGGUCCCGGCGGGUAUAGUGGUGGCAACCGGGGCUAUGGUGGGGGAGGGGGCGGCGGUUAUGGUAACCAGGGUGGCAGCUAUGGAGGAGGCGGAGGAGGAUACGACAACUACAACAAUGGAGGUGGUGGUGGUGGAAGCUACAGAGGUGGUAACUACGGAGCUAGUAGUGGUGGUGGGAGCAGCAGUGGAAGUGGUGGUGGUGGUGGUGGAGACUACAAUGACUUUGGCAAUUACAACAGCCAGUCGUCCUCCAGCUACGGCCCAAUGAAAGGAGGCGGCAGCUAUAGCGGCGGCAGUGGAGGGGGCCGGAGCAGCGGCCCAUAUGGUGGUGGUGGUGGUGGUGUUGGUGGUGGUGGUGGUGGUUACGGAGGAGGCUCCGGUGGUGGAUAUGGAGGGGGCUCCGGAGGUCGAAGGUUCUAGGUUCUGAGGCUACAGUACUUAGGAGAGGAGAGCCAGAGAGGUGACAGGGAAAGGAAGCAGCAGGUUUACCCCCUAGAUCUGCUCAGCCAAGCACAGUUGUGGCAGGUUUACAUCUGCCACAUGAAGAGAAAUGUACAGUAGAAAAGGAAAAAUCAUGUGGAGAGGGAGGGAGGGGAAUGGGUGGGUCCUUUUCAAACCGUUCUUGUCAAAUGCUUCCCAGCAGGAUUAUAUGAUUUUGUAGUUUUGCUGUUUUUGUCUUUGAAGUGUAAAGCAUUCCACUAAGGUUUUAUGUAGGGUGUUUUGAUUUUCCCCACACCUAUAUGGUGUUUUUAAGAUGUAACCGCCACCAAAUCAAGAUUAAAUAAACCGCUUUUCAGUUUUGUUUUUUUACAUUGUGUAUUUUGAUUGAUGGGUUCCUGUUGAUUGUGUUACAUGAGAUGAGUGGUCCUCAACAGAUGAGUAGAUGGUAUGAAGUGUAAUUGGAAAAUCCUCAGAGUACUUGCGUUAUGUUCCAUAUUCAGUAUCAAAGCAUGUUAUUGUUUAGAAAGUGCAUUUUUGUUUAGAUGGUUUACCUCAUUGCCUAUGGUGAAAAUACCCUGCUUGCUUACAGAGGUCAAAGGCCUUUGUGCUUCUGGGCCGCCGGGACGGUUUCUCCCCUAAAGUUUAGCAUUGUUGCCACUGGACAAAAUAAAAGUUUGCUUAAUGGCUUUUCUGUUGGCUCAUAGCUUCACAAUCAAUUGGAGUCUAGCUUACACACAGAACUUGAGACUAGCCUAUCAAUUGGAGGAGCCAGCUGAGAGGCUAGUCAUUGGGAGGAACCAGCUAAGGGAGAGAAGUAGCAAGAUCCCCGCGAGGAGCCAGUGAAGCAGGGGACAGCAGCAGUCUUUGAGUACAGAUGGUUGCUCUUGUAAGACUAGCGAGAGGCAGCUCGAGAAAGGAAGGGGUAUUUUAUAUACCAUGCUGGUAGGUAAGAAGAGAUUUUUGAUCAACUCUUGUAUUUGUAACACUCACCUUUUUGAAAAUGUUAGCAGUCCAUGUUAAGUCUCAAGGUAAAUUCACUAACAUGGGCUCCAUAGGCAUUUUAUUCCAGCAAAGGUAUUUCAUCUUAGAAUAAGAGGGCUAUAGAUUUAGUGAAUUAACUACCAGUGUUUUUGGUUGCCCAAUUACCUGAAUGAUGCAAACCUUGACUGCUACUCAACUGCAUUUGUGACAACAAAAGUGGCCGGAUAUCCUCAACAUUAAUGACUAGAUCUGGUUACACUAAUGUUGGUAGUGCAUGAAUCUAGAAUAAAGUCACUCAGUAGCACUAAAAAUGUAUGUACUUUCUUUAAUAUCUCUCUCAUUUUCAGGAAUGUAAGAUGUCUGCACUAGUGCACCUCGCGUGCACCUUAUCUUGCCCCUCUACACCUGUACUGAGAUGACCAGCGGUUGCAGGACCAAUUAUGACAUGGUGUCAUUUUAAAUGGAUAGAAGGGACACUACAGGAAUGCUGCUGGACAGUUUUAAACUUUUGUACUAACUUGCAAUAAAAUGUUUUGUUUUUUUAA